AUGUUGCUCAAACCCGCGACACCCCUCACCGUCUUGCUCUUCAUCGCCUUUGCUUUAAUGCUCAUCACCUGCAUCUCGACCCCCAUUAUCAAAGGCAUUCCUCUCGCCACCUAUAAAAACGUCGAUUAUGGUGUUUUUGGUUAUUGCGACGGAGAUGCCUGCACCGGCAUCCAUGUGGGAUACACAAGCACAAACAAAGGUAGUGAAUUUGAUCUUCCCUCGAGCACCCGCAAAUCGCUAUCAGCCAUCUUGAUCGUACACCCUAUCGCCGCCUUCUUGAACCUCGUUUGUCUGUGCCUAGCCGCCGCUGCCCACUUUCACGGUCCCUCGCAUUCUCCGCGCUUCCUGCUGGCCCUCCUCAUUCUCCUCCUGCCUACAUUGCUCGUCACUCUUCUCGCCUUCCUCGUUGAUAUUCUACUCUUCGUGCCACAUUUGAAAUGGGCUGGUUGGAUUGUGCUCGUGGCGACCAUCAUCCUCGUCUCCUGCGCGGUCGUGACCUGCGCUAUGCGCCGAACUCUCGUCAGCCGCAAAGCAAGGAGGAAUCAGAUCGCAGAGAAUGCGGAAAUGAGUGGAGAGAACUACUAUAAUCGACAGAAUGAAUUGGCAGCCGCCUUAGCGAACGAUCCUCCUCCAAUCCCAGAAACAAAGGAAGCCUUUGUGACCGGAGCAGCCCCGGAGGAGCCAGCAUUCGCCGCUUUCCGCACUAAUACUCGCGAAAGCGACGAUGAUCGCACACCACUCAACUCCCGUGCUGUUGUGAAUGACGGUAUUUCACCUCCAAGCCGCCAUGCAACCCCAUACCGCUCACAAGAUGAGGGCUUACCUCCUGCUGGUCCCUAUGGCGCUGGGCCCAAUGCUGGCCAGGUGAUGCGUAACCCUUCCGACCCCCACCUGCGCUCUCAGUACUCUGAUAAUAGCAUUGGCCGACAGGGCAGUCCGCCUGGAUUUGCGCAGCCCGGCUAUGCCCCGCGUGGUCGAGGUGGAUACCCUCCCCGAGGCGCAUACCGAGGUGGACCUUACAACGGACCCCCUCGGAGCCGUGGUGGCUAUAUGGGUCCAAUGCCUCGAGGUCGAGGUGGUAUGCCUUCCCGUGGAGCGCCCCGUGGAGCUUACGGAUAUGCGAAUGGCCCCAACCGUGGCUAUGAUGCCCAUGGUCGAUCCCUAUCCCCCGAAAACCACUAUGAGGCUCACGACAUGGCAGCCGUUGCUCCAAGGCGCGAACCCUCCCCUGGCCCGAUCGGAAUGGCGGUGUCACCCGAAGCCGUCGGCCAAGCAAUUGAGAUGACCCCUCAGCCGCGGUAUCAUGCUGAAUCCCAUGACGCAAUGGCCAUGAGCACCGAUUCCAAUGCACAUGCAUUAUCUGUGGAUGGCCAAAACAUGCCCCUUGAGAGCCCAACAAGCCAAUACAGUCGCCCCGAUUCCUACCAACCGGCUCGUGCUGGAUGGACCACAAACAAUGGCCGUCGUACUCUAUCGCCUCGCCCGCCGCCAUCACCGGUUCCCACCACAACUACCCAGGGAACUGCUUAUUACGAGGACGUAGACCCUCGCUUCGAUCGUCGACCGUCACCUCCGCAUAACCAGAAAAUUCCCUCGGCUCUCACCCCUGGAACAGCCCACUUUUGA